AUGGUCCUGUGCCUUCUCGUGGCCGCGCCCUGCGCGAACGCCGCUGUCAGCUGCCCGAAGGUGGCCUCGUCCAUAGCCCCCUGCGUCAACUACAUCCGCGGCAAGGGCCCGCUCACGCCAGCCUGCUGCAACGGCGUGAGGGCCCUCAACUCUCAGGCCAAGACGCCCGCCGACCGCCGCGCCACCUGCAACUGCCUUAAGAGCUACGCGGGGAAGAUCCCCGGGCUCAACCCGUCCCUAAUCUCGGGUCUCCCGGGCAAGUGCGGCGUCAGCGUCCCCUACCCCAUCAGCACCAAGACCGACUGCACCAAGUGAGCCGCCCCCCUCCUCUCUCUCCACAUCUCCAUCCCUGCUUCCCGGUCUCCCUCUGCCCGUCGCUGCUGAUCUCCCUCAAUAUCUGCGUCUCGCGUCGGCGCUGACGUCCGUCCCCCCGCUGUGCCCCUUCUGUGUGCAGGGUCCGCUGA